UGGUGGCAGGAUGGUGACAUGUGUGUGACAUGAUCUGAUUUGUGCUUUUGCUGAACCAGCCAUACUUCCUCCGAGCAGGUGUGACUGAUCUCCGGCUGCCCCCAUCUGAGCCCACCAGGUUCCGCUUGGGGUAUGCCUCCAGCCAACUGGGGUGAUAGGCAGCGGUAGGGACAGUCCCUUCUUUCCCAGCAAGUGUGGAGCCCCUGGCUCUUCCCCAGGACCCGUGGAGCCCACCCGAGAUGUCUUUGUUUGGCUUCUGGAGCCUGCUUACAGCCCUUCUCAUCCUGCUCUGCUGCCCAGGGUCUGGUGAACAGGAAUUUGAGGUAUACAUGUGGCCAGAGAAGCUGGCAGUUGAGAUGAGAGGGUCUAUGGAAGUCAACUGCAGCACCAGCUGUCCCGAGCCUGAUAAGAAGGGGCUGGAGACAGCCCUGGAAAAGACUGUCAUAGAGGACCACCAGCAGUGGCAACAGUUCUUGAUCUCCAACGUCUCCCAGGACACAGUGCUCUACUGUUACUUCAUCUGUGCUGGAAAGCAGCAGUCCAAGAAUGCCAGCGUCAGUGUAUACCCAGAGCGCCCCACACAGGUCACACUGAAGCUGACGCCCUCGAGGGUAGUGGUGGGCAAACCCUUCACCAUUGAGUGCCGGGCGCCAGCCGUGAAGCCUCUCCAGAGCCUCACCCUCACCCUGCUCCAUGGAAAGGAGGUCCUGCAGAACCAGACCUUUGGGGGUGCAGUGCCCACCUCCCAAGAGGCCGCCACCACCUUCAACAGCACAGCGCAGAGAGAGGACGGCCUCCUGAACUUCUCCUGCCGGGCUGAGCUGGACCUGCGCUCUCUUGGUGGGAGCCUCUUCCACAGCAUCUCGGAGCCCCAGACCCUUGAGGUCUACGAGCCUGUGCAGGACAACCAGAUGGUCAUCGUCAUCACCGUCGUGUCGGUUCUGCUGUUCUUGUUCGUGACGUCUGUCCUGCUCUGCUUUGUUUUGGGCCAGCAUUUGCACCAGAGGCGGACAGGCACCUAUGGCGUGCUAGCUGCCUGGAGGCGGCUGCCCCGGGCCUUCCGGGCACACCCUGUAUGACCCGCCUGGCCACUCCCACGGGGAUGUUGGCACUCAGCACGGCCUCAGCCCAGGUUGAAGGACUAUGACAGCAGCACAGGACUUGGGGACAUUCUUUUCUAGCCUCAAUAUAGACCCUUGGAC